CUGCCUGAGAUGCGGCGUCUGUCGCCUGUAGAAGCGCUGAAGCCUCAGGCCCGGUCAGCUGUAGUUGGAGCCCGCGUAACCGUGAUUACAGCUCCCGCUGCCACUACAGCUGCAGCAGUUACCCUGCGUCGGCUCCCGCUCCUGCCCGGGCCCCACCAGCCCUUGAUUCUACAGGGUCGACAAACUUGGACCUCAACUACAUCAUCAAAUAUCAACAAUUCACAAUCACCAACACUCAAUCGCCGCCGAUACCCAAAAGGCAGCUGCACGCUCGCUACUUCGCCUACCUCAAGAGUAGCGAGCGCCUUAGUCUGCUAUCGUAUAUUUAGUCUCUCAGGCGCCAUGGCCUCGGCCUUUAGCGCAUAUCAUGGCCCUACUGCCGUCGCGUCGCAACACACCGUCACGGCUUUAGGGCGAUGGUCUAUUCUGAAUCACGCUCUCCCAGCCAUCGAUAAAAUCAAAGCUCUUCACGUCUACGAUUUCGACAACACAUUAUUCAAAACCCCUUUACCAAACCCCCAACUCUGGAACGGCCCCACGAUUGGAACAUUAUCAAACCAAGAAACAUUUGUUAAUGGCGGGUGGUGGCAUGACAGUCGCAUUCUCGCUGCCACCGGCAAAGGCAUCGACGUUGAGGAGAAGCGUGCAUGGGAAGGCUGGUGGAACGAAAAGAUAGUUGAUCUUGUCAGGCUGAGCAUGCAGCAGAAGGAUGCUCUCUGCGUGCUGCUCACAGGUCGCUCAGAAAAAGGCUUCGCCGAGUUGAUACAGAAAAUGGUGACCGCCAAGGGGUUGGAGUUUGACAUGAUUGGCCUCAAACCCUCCGUUAGUCCGACGAAUCAGAAGUUUCAGAGCACCAUGCACUUCAAGCAGCUCUUCCUUGGGGGCCUGAUGGAAACGUACAAGCAAGCAGAAGAGAUUCGGGUCUACGAGGACCGACCAAAGCACACCAAAGGCUUCCGCGACUUUUUUGCAGAGUUCAACCGUCAACAGAGCACUGCGCGAACAAGAGGUCCAAUCUUGGCCGAAGUCAUCCAAGUGGCUGACUGCUCAACGACCCUGGACCCCGUUAUCGAGGUGGCAGAGAUUCAGCACAUGAUCAACAUUCACAACGAGCUGGUUUCCAAACAAUCCCCAAGACAGCGCCAACACCGACUCAGGAUUAAGAAGACUGUGUUCUUUACUGGCUACAUGAUCGGGCCCGAGGACACCAAGAAACUCAUCAAGCUCGCCCACAUACCUCCCAACAUGCCGCAACAUGAGCUUAAAUACCAUGGCAAUAACAUCCUCAUCUGUCCUCGUCCGUGUCCCGCUAGUAUCUUGGAGAAGGUCGGUGGAAUGGGUAGCAAGAUGCAGUGGGAAGUCGUCGGUACGUCUUGUUUUGAUCACAGUAUUUGGGCAGUGCAGUUACGACCUAUUCCCCAGAAUUCCAAGUACCAUACCGAUAACCCUAGUCCUUUGGUUGUUUUGGCAUUGAGAAAGGGAGCUCGACCAAUGGACGCAGGGAAAAUACAGAACUGGCAACCCAUAUCACCUGAACAAUCGUUUACUUUUGAAACCGUGGUUGGUGAGAAGGUCAUUUUACGCAUCGAGCCGGAGGACCCGCGGGAGGAUGCCUAUGAGAGUCUAUUCGCCAACAAGACAUCGAAGCGGAAGCACAACGGUGACGAGGAUUGGAAUCAGAGGAACACCAAUAACCACUACAGUGGACGUAAUGAGUCCCGUGGCUACCAUUCAGGCAGUCGUGGAGGUCGAGGACGAGGCAACCGUGGCCGCGGUAAUGCUAGGGGCGGUCGCGGAGGCCGUGGUAGAGGAGGAGGCUACAACUACCGAUCCCUCGACGAUGUUGAUCCUAGAAACCAGCAGGGCGGCUACGGGCAACAGGUGGAUUAUGAUGACUCCUACCCGCCGCUCAGCAAGAGUAACAAUCCCCCCGUAUCAGCGCCCAGCGGUCCCAGCCAAGGAAACUUUGGCGGCCGAAAUCAGGCGCCCCGUGGUCCUGCAGGUACACAGGGACGACCCAUGGGUGGCCAGACAGCUCACAACAGCUCGGAUUUACAGAAUUACUAUUAG